CUUCUUCCCUUUUCCUCACAACGCACCUUCACCCCUGAUCAGGUGACAGACAUCAGCGAUGUGAAGAACAUCACGCGGUUGCCAAGGGAUACCAAACGACAAGCAGUGGCCAUUGUUUUCACAGAUGACACGUCGCGCACAUUUACAUGUGAAUCAGAGCUGGAGGCAGAGGAUUGGUUCAAGACGCUGUCAAUCGAGUGUCUGGGGACCCGCCUCAAUGACAUCAGCAUGGGGGAGCCAGACCUGCUCGCUGCCGGGGUGCAGUGUGAACACACGGAGCGCUUCAACGUCUUCCUGCUGCCCUGCCCCAACCUGGACAUCUACGGCGAGUGCAUGAUGCAGAUCACGCACGAGAACAUCUACCUGUGGGACGUGCACAACCCGCGCACCAAGCUGGUCACCUGGCCGCUGUGCUCCCUGCGGCGCUACGGACGCGACGCGACGCGCUUCACCUUCGAGGCCGGACGGAUGUGUGACAGUGGGGAGGGCCUGUACACCUUCCAGACCCGGGAGGGGGAGCAGAUCUACCAGAGGGUCCACUCGUCCACACUGGCCAUCGCCGAGCAGCACAAGAAGGUCCUGCUGGAGAUGGAGAAGAACAGCAGGUUGAUGUCCAAGGGUUCAGAGUCGGGCUCCUACCCGUGUACCCCCACAGCCAUCCUGCCCCGCUCCGCCUUCUGGCACCACAUCACCGGGAACCAGACGGGCAUGGACCCCGGCAACGAUGACGGCAUGGAGGACGAGUUGCUCUCCAGCACACACCUUUCUCGAGACCGCCACGCCUCCCUGCCGAUGGCGCAUGCGCACACACACACCCACAGCCAGCCCCCGCCGUGCACACACUCUCCGACACACUACCCCACCUACCCCGGAGAGUGAUGCUCAUCCCUGGGAAGGGGAAACGGAGGAACACAGGGGGGAAGGGGACGGGGAGACACUUCGGAUCGGAGUGCACUGAGUAGGGUACAGAUACAUGAUAUUCACACACACACACACACACACACACACACACACACACACACACACACACACACACACACACACACACACACACACGCGCAUGCCCGCACGCACAUGUAUGCACAAACACACAUAUACAUUUACGACUUUGAUUUUACGCCAGAAGUGGUCCGCUGCACCGACGGACAUCAGGAGCUGCCUUGCGGUCGUGGAGAGCUACAACCUUAAACAGAGAGUGGAAACAAGGUUUUUCCCGUGGACUGUCAAAGAGAAAAUCAACCUUUUUUUUUUGAUGAUUGCUUAAUGGACCUACAUUUUCCAUAAUCCCACAGGACAACAUAUUGAACAAUGCUAGGCAUGUUAGUAUUUUUCCGUGACGGUCAUCAUGCUGGCUCAUCAUACAACAUGGCCGCCGGGGCCCUCUGUUUGGGUGGCGGGAUCGGACCCUCUGGCCCUGCAGAGAACCGGCGGCUGCUACAGCCUGACCCUAAAGAACUUUGUUCAGCCGAGUGAUGACAGCCCUGGUGGGAAACCACCAACCAAUGAAAGACAACUGAUGCUGGCGAUAACUGGCAGGAUGUGACUUUAGGCUCCGCCUACUGGAUUUGUUGGGCUAAACUCUGGAGCUUAACUGUCCCAAAACCACACGGUGGAUUGGAGCUCUUAAUUACCCUGCCUCCCUCUACGUCCUAUUUCCUUUUCUCCUUUCUUCCUCUGGGUCGGUUCCGAUAUCAGUCCGGGGUCUUUGUCUUAAACUACAACAAAACGCAUUUCUUUCUCUAUGUACCUCAUUGCUAGCUUCAUUUUCAACGCUAGACUCAAAUAGGCCUCAAAGCCCUCUAUUUCCAGACUCUCGCAGGUCCGUGUCGAAUGUGUGACUGUGUGUGUAUGUGUGUGUGUGUGUGUGUGUGUGUGUGUGUGUGUGUGUGUGUGUGUGUGUGUGUGUGUGCGUGUGUUUGUGUGUAUGGAGGUCCUCCGUGGCAUGGUUUACUCACUAAAAUGACCUUAAUAGAAUAGCCUAUUCAAACUUUUGUUUUUUAGGUUCCAAAACCGUCAUAACCUCAACCCACCUCUCGCCGGUUCCUACUUGCCUUGUGUUUAUACUUCAGCCUGUGUGUAUGUGCGUGUGUGCGUGCGUUGCUUUUGUUUCUGUGUGAGUGUGUACGUGUGUAUUGAGACUGAACGGGUCUUUAAAAAAUCUAGAACCUCUUACUUCCUCUUAAAGCUUGACAUUGCAACACACGCAUGCUCCUUGCCUUCCAUUCCGCUCCAUUCCGGCAACCACCGCCAUUGUUUUGCUCUGUUUGUCUUGUUGUUCUACUAUUGUCUAUCUAUGGGAUGUGGGGCAUGAGGCAGCCACAAGGAGGAAAAGGAUGGAGAAGGAAGGGUGGGCGAGAUCAGGUGAUCCUAGUGCAAGAAAAGGAGGAAGGUCAAGCCAUGGAGGUGGGUUAAAAAAAAAAAUUGAACACACACCAUUUUGUUUUUCAUCCCAAAAUCCCCCCAAGUACGCCAUUUUGGCGACAGAUUUAUUCCAGAGGUCUGUAAACUGUAAAAACACUUUAAUGAAUUGAUAGAACCACCCCUACAGGUUGUGUCUGGGUUAGAUGCAAUCUGAAACAUGGGUUUUUGGGUCAGUUACAACGUUCACUUUAUUCACUUUAGAUAUGUUUGAUUAAAAAACUGCUCACUUGGUGGUGAAAGGCAAAUUUUAACUUGGGACUACGAGUUAAAACCGUGCUUGCAUUUAAUGUUGUCGAUGACCAGAUGCCGAAUUUUGGUUUGGACAUUGACCGGGGUUGGUGUGAGCAAUGAAAGUUCAUCCCGGAAUUCUAAAGCAGGCCAAACUAGACUGUUUAUUUUUUUUAAUUCAACAUGAAAGGGCUUUAUUUCAUGUGUGUAUUUAAGGAAAGCUGUGUAUUUUCUGUGUGUGCCCGUUUGUGUACAUACUGUACAUGUGACUUCAUUUCUGCCUUUUGCUGCCCUCUUUUGAGACUUUUCUGUACAUAACUUUAUUUAUUUUGCAUUGUGUUACAUUGUGCGAGUGUGAUUACGUGAGGCCGUGUGUGGGUGUGUGUGAGUGAGAGCGAGAGAGCGAGCGAGCGUGCGUGAGAGAGAGAGAUUGGGUUGUACAUGCAUGCACUAGAGAGCUUUUAGAACGUUGUAUGGUUGACCAUGUGUGGGCCUCACGUGAUGGACCUGCAGGCACACGGUAGGAGUAGGUUCAGACAGCCCAUGGGUACGUUCCAAUAGUCAUUCAAUCGCUAUUACACACGCCCUCGCUUCCUUAGUCUCCCAAUGGUCUCCUCGACAACUCUAUGCCAAUACGAAGUGAGAUAGAGAAGCAGCACUAAAGUGGAUGCUGAUUCGGCUUCGGACCGAGGGUACAUCAGUGUAUCCUACACAGGAAAUGGUUUGACGUCUUUGGACUUUAUCCUAAGACAUAUGACCAUAUAGAAGCUCAGAAGGUUGUGAUUAGCCCGGUUCACCAACAGGUGAUCUCACCUUUUAAUGCUGCUGAGGAAGCUUAGCCGUCUCUUUAACUCACUGCUCCCGUCCUCUUGCUCCACCACAGGUCCCACUUGUUUCGGUGAGGGUAUAGGGUUGAGCAGUAGGGCGGAGGAGGUGGGAAAUAGAUUUGGAACGCGCCCCAUGUUCCACCUCGACAAGUCUCCAUGUGUCCUUCGGCUUCUCUUCUUGAAUUUAAACUUGAAUCUUUUUUUUUGUAUUAUUAAUUCAACUUUGAAAUCACUUCCUCUCUGUGUAGAUGCCUGUACCCCGUGUAUUUUACUAAGAAAGGACAUUUUAUUGUACACUUUUGCUACAGGAAGCAAACGUAAAAACAGUAAUUUAAAUGUAAAGCAAAUUAGCAUAGUAUUUAAAAUGUUUGGACAAUGUCAUCGUCAGUUAGGGGUCCCGGUAAGUGGCACAUCUGUUAGGUUUCCUCCAGUUUAUAUUUUUUAUUUAAUGCACCAAUCAAAUAGAGUACAUGUUUGUGGUUGUAGCAUUUUAUCGUAUCCCGGUACCAGCACACACUGGCUGAUAGCUGACCUUUCCUUAGCUUGUAAGCAAGAGAAAAACGUUGCUUUUUUCAACCAUUUUAGGUCUUCACCAAGUGCAUGUUUUGGAGAAAAAUAAAUAAAGUUAAUUACAUAAUAAACAAA